CCGUCAGUUCUGGUGGGAACUUUGCUACGAGUGGUAGACGAAGACCGAGUUGUCUCCGGGUGUUGAAGAAAUUUUGCAAGUGCCUCAGUGGAUUGUCGGAUCGAAGGGAGAGUGUCCUUGGAGAGUGUCCCUUUUGGAAGAUGCGCUGAAGAAGGUCGAUUAAAGAAGCCGGAAUUUGAUAGAUUACUUGGAAGGAAUUCAACGUGACAAGUGGUAUUGAAGUGACAGGAUCGGGAUAUCCAAUUGAAAGAGUGAAACGUGUUCAAAGAAGUGCAAAAGAUCCUGAAGUCCGUUGUGACCACCAAAAGUGAAACCCAUUGGAAACCGUUGAAGUCCUUCUACUUCUCCAAGUGAAUACAGUGCUUCCCCGAGGUUCCACCAUGAGACGUUUGAUCCUGCUGUUCGUGGGCUUCCUGAUAACAGGUGUGCUGUCCCAGGGAUUCCUGUCGCCGCCUCCUCUCAGACCGGUAAAUUCGAAAAUCCAGCGACGACAGUUGACACAGCAACAGCUCUCACAACAGCAGCAGACACACAUCUUGAGCGACAUCCAGCAGCACCAGCACCGGUUCAACCUGCACCAAGGUCAACGACCACCGUCAAACGUGAUCAUCCAGCCCUCAAUUCAGCUGCCUGUUCCGUCGCAGCAGCUCUCCCAGCUCAACCAGCGGCCAUUUUCGAACUCGAACAACCCCUUCCAAUCCCCACCCGUGUUGCCACCCCAGUUCAACGGCAAGCAGCUGCCCCCGCAGUUACCCCCUAACAAUUUCAGACCUCCCCAAUCAAGCAGACAACCACACAGCGGCUUCGGAGCUCAACCAGACACACGAAUUCCACCACCACCACGAUCCGUACAGAACACGUUUCAGCCAUCUCAACAGCAAUUCUUCGGUGGGCCUCUGCCUAACCAACCCUUCGUGAAUGGCGGUCCCAUCACUUCUUCCGUCCAAAGUCCUUUCCUACAACCCCCAGCCUUCCCCGCACCACAACAGUCCCCACAGUCCCAGCAACCUCCACAACACUCCCCCCAGGUACGCUUCCCAGCAUCCUCCCCCAAUAGCCAUGCUCCUCAAGCCCAAGCACUCUUCCAGGCACCUCCCCAGACACAACAGUUCCAACCCGCCCCACAGGCCACGUUCGGUCAGCCGAUCGUGCAGCAACCCUUCGACACCAACCACAUUCGCUCCGAAGUCGUUCCACUCAACCAACAGCCACUACAGACUUCCAACUUUAACCCAUUCGCCAACCAACAACAACAACAACAGCAACAACAGUCAUUCAACAGCUUCCCACCAGCACAAAACUUGCCGGUGUUCGCACCCACACAAACUCUAAACUCGCAACCCGGGGUCUUCCCGCAAAUCCAACCGGCCGCGGCCCACAUCUCGCAGCAGCAAACGCAGCUGAGCUUCCAGCAGCAACAGGAGCUGGAGAACCGUCUCAAGGAGGAAAGCGUACGCAUUCGCGAACUCCAGGAAAAGCAAAAGAUCAUCCAAAAGCACGAACAGUUCCUCCAGAAGCAGUACCAGAAGCAGCAAGCCAAGGUCCAGCAGCUGCACCAGGAAUUCCUGAAGAAGCAACAGAACAUCAUUCAGCAACAGCAAGAUUACGAAACGAUCCGAAAGACUCCUACCGUCGGCUUGCAGGCACUACCUUCCGAGCGAACGGUGUACGAAAAGGCCACCAAAGCCUACCAGAAGCCUAGUCCAACGACCACCACCGCUUACUCCACGACCACCCAGCGAAACCUUGCCGUGAUCCCACUAAAGUCCAACAGCAAGAAGGACUACAGCACCAUCUCCAAGACCGAUCUGGACGCACUGCUGCAAUCAAACCGCUUCCAAACCGUACGAACGGAGUCGCCCAAACCGACCAAGGCUCGUCCACCGAAGGCCAAGUCCACGAAGGCGCUCGGUCGCGAUGAACUGCUCAAGCAGCUGAAGCUGGCUUUGGCUGAGCAGGGUCCGCAAGAAUUAGGCAACAGGAACUUUAGCGCCACUGAUUUGGUCCUUCCCAAUGGGGAGAAGGUGCAGGUUAUCCGUACCACCGAUCCGGAGAUUAUCAAGCGUGCCAACGUAAACUCGGAAGCUGUGCUGACGCAGCAGCUUGACACUCCUACCACUGCGAAGCCGCUUUCGUUCGAAGAUAUCGCAAAGAGCGGUAUUCUCCCACCUGGUGCUGACUUUGAGCUGAUCAAGCAGAGCGAGGAUGGUCAAAUUGAAGAUAUUGGUAAGAUUCCUCCGCAGAAGAAGGUCACUUUUGUGUAUCUGGAAGAGCAAGAUGACGGAUCGUACAAGGUUCAAGGAGUUAAGGGUAGUGCGGAUAAGGAGACCAAGACUUCUGGAGCCGAUGUCGACAGCAUUCUGAAGCGAAUCAAGAACGGAGAGAUUCAGCUGCCUCCUCCAUCGAACAAGGCCGUCAAGACGCCGAUUGUGGUUGAAGGAGCUCCGUCGAGUACCACCCCACGAAUCAUGCCCGUCCAGAAGGCCAACUCGGUAACGAUCAUCCCGCACAGCACUCCGCUCGAGAACCACUACCCGCACUCGACCAACUUCGUAGCGGACCACACGAUUCCACGCACCGCUUCGUCACCGUCCUCGACGACCUACAUCUCCACUGCGUCCCCCUCUAGUCCUAGCCCCGUGUCGGCUUACUCCCCUAGCACCUACUCUGGAAGUACAAUCCCACAAUCCUCCUCGACCUAUGUGUCAUCUACCCAAUCCCCAAUCACCAACUACUACCCGGUCGACAACACGCUCCACUACACCGGCGGUAUCAGCUCGACCUAUCCCACGACCCCGUCUCCCAUCCCAACCGCCACCCCCGUGUCACCCAGCUCAACGACCGCGCACUUCUCGACGCGAUCCGAGAACUACAUCGCCGCGUCAACGCUAGCCCAGCAAACCGCCAGCUCAACCAUUUACCAGCAACAGCAGCAGACUGCCGCCGCCACCGGCAAGUUCGACGUGGUCCACCCGACCGUUCCCGCGCCGGAAGCCGUACCCGUCACGCAGCAGCAGGAGCAAGCCCUACCACUGACGCAGCAACCCCAACCCUCUUCAUCGUCGUCGUCGUCGUCGGCCGCAAGCGAACUGCCAGCGAUUCUCAAGAAAAACGGACUAUUUGCGAUGGCCAAAUACCUCCGACAGUCUGGCUUGGACACGAUACUCAACGAAACCGGUCCGUACACGAUCUUCGUGCCGACCGACAAGGCCUUCCGCAGUCUCCUAGUGCAGCUGGGAGGACCGGAGAAGGCCGAGGAAAAGUUCAAGAACAACCCGCGACUGCUCAGUGGGCUUCUGCUGCAUCACGUGAUUCCCGGAUCGUUCGACAUCAGCUCGCUGCAGGACGAAAUGACCGGUGUGUCGCUUGCCGGAACGCAACUUCGGGUGAACCAGUACAACAUGCACGACUCCGAGUGGAAUGAUGUUAAGGUAACGACCAUCAACGGCGCCAUGGUCGUGCUGGACAAGCAGGACAUCACCAUCCCCCAGGGCAUCGCACACGCCGUAGACCGGGUCAUGUUCCCCCUGCCCGUCGGUGACAUCUUGCAGACGUUGCAGUCCGAUCGGGAGCGAAGAUUCACACACUUCCUGCGGGCACUGUACGCAUCCGGAAUGUCCGAUACACUACAGAAUAAAGGUAUCAAAACGUACACGGUAUUCGCUCCAACCGAUGCGGCCUUUGCCAACUACUCGACGGACGAACUGAACAAGCUAGUCACCGACAAGGACCAGGCGGAGGAGCUGGUCAAGAAGCACGUUGUGCCAGGAACGCUAUUCACCGCCGGAAUGCGGUUCUACCAAGUCAAGGAUGCCAUGGCCGAGGGCAAGACGGUGACACUACAGAAGAGUGCAGGUAAAAUCAAGAUCAACGACGGCUACCUGCAGACGUCCAACAUUCCCACGACGAACGGCGUGAUACACGCGGUCGACGCGCUGCUUUGAGAGGUCCCCCAACGAAACCGGGCACCUCGGCUACAAACAAAAAAAAGCUCACAAACCACCUAAUUUUCCGCGAACAAAAAACGAGCUCAACGUGAAAAUUACCCUGUGACUGGUCGCACUUUUCCAUUUCGUUUUCGAGAAAAAAUACACUAUUUAUUGAAGAAGAAAAAACAAUACAACAACGCGAAUCAAAUUCGAAUCACACAUACAUACAAUACAAUACAAAUAGGCACGAGGGAAAAGGAUUUGGAACAUCGAGCAAGAAGAAGUUCUUUCCGCGGACAGUAGUAGCAUGUAAUGUUUAAGACUUAUCAUCGGCCACAGACACAAACACAAAAAAGUAAUUGUUGUUGAACAUUUUGUUGAAAAUUGUGUGGCUGGAAUGAAGUAGUAUGGGAGAGCAUAUUCAUUUCGACGAAACACAUACACACACCAUACUCGGAGAUAAGUAAAAAAACAAUGUUAAUUUAUUCAUAAGUGUAGCUGUUAGCUCUGCUAAGAAAAGAGAAAAAGAAAAAAUGUUAAGGCCAAUCUUGUACAUACUGUUGUCUAAAAUUUUAGGUUGUAAUAAAGACAAAAUACUUAUAAAUUAAAAAUAAAACAAAAA